AUGGCCGCAUUGUCUGAAGUUGAGCAGCGGAAGCUGGCCAUCGGCCUGUACGAGUGCGAGCGCUGGCAUCAUUCCGGGGAGGAUCCAGCUCAGGGGAACGCACCAGAGCACGUCAAGGAGGCAUGGAGAUCACUUGAAAGGGCCAAGAAACAAGUAGACACGUCUCGCUGGCUGGUGGAAGCUUUCUCUCGUCGCCGUGCGGAGAGGUUUCUUCCGUCCGUCAAGAAGCCUCUUCCCGACGGCGACAAGCUCGAUGUCCUGGGGGCUGUUUCUGGGCACCUGCGCUGUUCCCCAUUGGCCCCUGCAGAUGCUGCAGAAAUGGUGACCUGGGAGGCGGCUCAAGAAUUGGUGAAGAUGAAGGAGCGCAUAGAUAGAGACUCAUUGGAGCUCGUCGGUAUCUAUGAACAGAUCUGGCACUUGGAGAAUACGAGGAAGUUCUGGGAGCAGUGGGAGUUGGCGCAGGAAGUCUCUGCGGGGCUUGACCAGGUGGCAGCCAAUGUCCAAGAGUACCGGCGAGUGCAGAACAUAUUCAACCAGGAACUCACGGACUGGAGAAGAGCGCACGCAAAGAUGAUCAGACCUUGGGACAUUUUCGUAAAGCGACUUCCUGCUGCAACGCCCGGGGAAUCGUUGGAGGCUCCAAGUGUCGCAGAGUACAUAAAAUGGUCCGUGGGAACCCGAGAGUAUCGGAGCGAUCCCGACAAUGCUUGGGCGGUCGGGCAUAUUGCCUCCACCGAGGUGGCCGGAGAGGCAUGGCGCUCCGCGUACGAGGACGAUCCCCAGAAGAUGGCGGUCUAUGAAGAACGGUUGGCCCAACAAAAGUUUGCAGAGAAGCUGUGGGCGGCCACCCGUGUUCAGCUGUUGGGCUACGUCAAUACAUCUCAAGCGGAGACAGCGGGUGGGCGCAUGCAAGAGCCGGCGGGUGGCCCUCAAGGGUUUGACGAAGCGCACCAAAAUGGCUAG